CUGAGGAGACUCGCAGGUGGAGAGGCCGGGUUGACAAUCCGCCACUCAGACAGGCGACAGAAGCAGGUGUCGACCCGUGGCUGAGCAAGCGCUUUACUCGCUGCUUCCCUUUAUAGACAAUCCUAUUGGAUCGAGGUCGUUGUUUUGAUUUCAAAAAUUAAAUUUGAUGCUUCUCUCCAUGAUCCACAAUGCGGUCCUCGGCUCGGUUCGUCGCCCGAUGCGCUCUCAUCCUCUUCUUCAUUGACGGAUCCAAAGGACAGAGGCAGUGCACUGAGACUGACUAUUAUUAUGAGUACACAGAGUGUGACAGCACAGGAUCUCGGUGGAGAGUGUCCAUCCCGCAGAAUCCCGGGUCCUGCACUGGACUACCACAACCCGUGAGGGGCACAGAGUGCACCUUCUCAUGCAGAGCUGGGGAGUUCCUGGAGAUGUCUGCUCAGGAGUGCACCCAGUGCGCAGCAGGAAGCUACUCCCUCGGCAGCGGUAUCCGCUUUGACCAAUGGGAUAGCAUGCCUGCAGGAUUCAGAAGCGUGGCAACUUCUCUGGGGAACGAUCCCAAAAGAGAUGCCCAACCUACCUGCAACAGUUCUUCCUGGGUGCCUCAAGGAAACUAUCUUGAGUCCAACAGGGACGAGUGUACAGUGUCUCUUAUUUAUGCUGUUCACUUGAAAAAGCAGGGCUCUGUCAGCUUUGAGUAUCAGUAUCCUGAUAAAAGUCUUCUGUUUGAAUUCUUUAUUCAGAAUGACCAAUGUCAGGAGAUGGAUCAGUCAAGUGACACAAAGUGGCUCCAGCUCACUAAUCAUGGAGAAUGGGGAACACACACGGUGAACUUGAAAUCUGGCACCAACGUCUUGUACUGGAGGACAGGAGGUGUUGUUAUGAGGUCCAGUGUUGUGAAGCCUGUCCUGCUGAAAAACAUUCAAAUUGAAGGUGUUGCAUACACAUCGGAGUGUUUUCCUUGUAAGCCAGGGAGCUUCAGUCGCGUUCCGGGCUCGUCAACAUGUGAAUCCUGUCCUCGGGACACGUACUCUGGCCACGGAGCCAGUUCAUGCACCCCAUGCAACACUAGCACUGAGUAUGCAGAGGAAGGCUCGUCUGAGUGCAAGAGCAGACCUCCAUGUUCCAAAAAGGACUAUUUCCAGAUUCACACACCAUGUGACCACGAAGGCAAGACACAGGUCAUAUAUAAGUGGAUUGAGCCCAAGAUCUGUCUGGAGGGCAUCUCUGGAGCAGAAGCGCUGCCUGAGAGUGGCGAACAGGAGGAAUGCCCCCCCUGUAACCCUGGUUUCUAUAACAACGACACAGCCACCUGCUCCCCUUGUCCAACCGGGACGUACUCUGAUGGGCUGAAACCGUGCCAUCAGUGUCCAGCUGGUACUGAGCCCAUCCUGGGUUAUGAGUAUAAAUGGUGGAAUGUUCUUCCGUCUAACAUGAAGACCUCCUGUUUCAAUGUGGGCAACACUAAAUGUGACCAUAUGAAUGGUUGGGAAGCAGCAAGAGAUCAUAUUCACAGUGGAGCAGGCAGCUCUGAUAAUGAUUAUCUCAUCCUUAACAUCCAUGUUCCUGGCUUCAAGCUGCCUACAUCAGUGUCGAGUCAGUCAGUGACAGAAUUUGGUCGCAUCACAUUUGAAUUUGAAACCUCGUGCAUGGCUGACUGUGAGUUCUACUUCAUGAUGGACAUCAAUAGGAAGAGUACCACAGUUGUGCAGUCAUGGGAGAAAACCCAAAAAAGACAAACCUACACACAGACCAUGUCAAAAAAUGCAGCGGUUUCCUACACAUGGGCUUUCCAGAGGACAAACCAACCUUCAGAUGCACGUCGGUAUGUCAAUGAUGUGGCGCGCAUCUUCUCCAUCACUGUGACCAAUGCGGUUGAUGGUGUGUCCUCCAGCUGCAGGGCUUGUGCCCUCAGCACCCAGCCCUCCAGCUCAGCAUGUGUGCCCUGCCCACCUGGACAUUACAUAGACACACUCACCAGCAAGUGCUUAGAGUGUCCUCGCAACAGUUACCUCGAGCCGCACGCAACGCCGGGUUCUGAUGCCUGUAAAGCCUGUGGGCCAGCAAGCCGGAGCGAUAAGGACCACAGACUGUGUUACAGUGACUGCCACUUUACCCACACAGAGGGCAAUGUCACGCUAACUUUUGACUUCAGUCCCCUUGGCUCAGCAGGAUCGCUCAUGAAUGGCCCAAAGUUUACCUCCAAGGGAACCAAGUAUUUCCACAUGUUCAACAUUAGUCUGUGUGGAGGACAGGAUCGCAUGGCAGUGUGCACAGACAACACUACGUUGCCAGGUUCCAGCUCCCAGAGCGAGAAAACCGAGGGAUCCAGCACUGUCAAGACCUUCAUCUGUCAGUCAACAAUAAUCCCAGCAAGCAGACAAGGAUUCCAUGCUGCGCUCUCUUCGCAGUCCAUUAACCUGGCUGACACCUUUCUUGGUGCAACUGUAGAUGAUAAUCUUGAAGGAAUAAAAGCAAGACCAGACUUGUUUCCUCCGAGGUCCAAGAAAGUGCCUGAUAUUAACUUCUUCUUCAGAUCUUUUGAGGGAACUUCCUCUUGUGAGUCGGGUCGGAGUACAGUGGUGACUCUUCGCUGUAAUCCCGAUAUGAGUGCUAAAGGAGUGCUGUCCGUUCCGAGUCAGUGCCCUGAAGGAACAUGUGAUGGCUGCACUUUUCAUUUCUUUUGGGAGAGCUCAGGGGCUUGUCCUACAUGCACAGUGAGAGACUAUCAUCUGAUAGAGGGAGUCUGCAAAGGAGGACAACAGGACAUGCUGUAUGUGUGGACUGAGCCAAAGCUGUGUAUAGGUGGCGUAACCUUGCCUGACAAGAAAACUGUGCCAUGUCAGGGUAUGGAGUUCUGGGUUCAUCUUGGUGCGGGGACGGGGAUCGUCACUGCUCUGUUGCUCGUCUGCCUCACUUGCUACUUUUGGAAAAAGAAUAAACGGUUGGAGUACAAGUACUCCCGGCUGGUUAUGUCUGCCAACAAGGAGUGUGAAAUGCCGGUUGCUGACAGCUGUGCUGUGAUGGAGGGAGAGAAUGAAGGAGACAUGGAGGAUGAAGUUGUGUAUACCAAACCUUCACUCCUAGGAAAACUCAAAGCCAUAGCGUCCAAGGGGAAUGGAGAGCGUUAUGAAAAUGUGCAGCUGAACUCAUCCCACUCAAAAGCAUUGGUCUGGAGUUAAAGCUGUGUGAAUGAAAGCUAAAAUGAGGGAAAACACUUUCACUGGGUGGUCCACUUUGAAACUGCCCCUGUCAUAAGCUUUGGUACCUGGAAUACAACGUGUGUGUAAACAUGCACAGAUGAAAAAAAUACAUUCUUCAUGUAAAGCCAGGUUCAAAAAAGUCACACCAUCAUGGUGGCCUUAUUUCUUGGUACAACAGAGCCAUAGUACUGUGACACAGAUGUGUAAGACACUUCUAGCAUUUUCUGGCUCAAACUUUAGUUGGAAAAUGUGUUUUGAAGAGCUCAGGGUAAUACGAGGACCCAUGUGAGUUCUUGUUCAGUUUUGUGUAUAUUUAUUUAAUUAUUUGUAAUUUUUUUUUCUUUUUAUUGUAGAGAUCUUGAUUUCAAACACACAAUGACUAUAGGUGCACUCUCUCAUCAAUUUGCUUUGGUCUACAAUAAUGACUUUCUCAUUUUGUUUGUUUGGUUUAUUGAUUGUUUUGCUUUGUUGAAGAAAUUGUACUGGAGAGAUAAAAUAAAGGAUUGAAAAUGAACAUGCUAUAUAAAACUGUUGAGAUUGUGCUUCAAAUAAAAGGCAUAUUUAUGUAGAAAUUGACUCCAUGUUAUUUCAUUAUCAAGUUUAAAAGUCGUCUUAUGACCUCAGCUACGGAGAAGUCUGUCAGACAAUGGUGUGUGUGUUUUAACUUAAUAGCGAAUUUGCCGUGAAGUUACAUUGGUAAACAAUUUAUUCCAAAUGAGGUGAUCAAUAUUCCAUUGAUUUAAAUGUGGUAGGCCUUUCCUUUAAGUGUAAGGAACUGUGACAAAAAUGUAUGUUUUGUGUCUUUCUGCAUUUGUAAACUGUAAUAUGCUUUUUUUGAGUAUCUUCAGUGCCUGUUUUUAUUUUCUCUCUCGAUAUUUAAUUCACACCAAAACACAUUCAUCUGGUAAACAGAACCUGUCACCUUCCCGAAUUAAGACUGCACAUUUCCAUUGUGCUUAUCAGGGUUGUGAUUGUUCAAGCAGAUGAACACCUUUGGGCAUUUGAAAAUUGUUCUCAAGGAUGAACAUGACUUGUGAAGGUCCACUGUUCCCUUCCUCAUAUCAUAUUUCUUUAGAUUUACUUUUUGCUUAAAACAAGUCCACAUAGUUCAUAUUCCCAUGCGAUUGACAACAUACAUUUAAACGUAAUUAUUUUAAAAUAAGCUUACAAAGUCAUCUGAGCUCUUUUGAGGUUUAAAUGGAAAGUAUGGAGCACUGGGUGGCAUGCACAUGGACAUGAUUGGUAGCACUAAGACACUCCCCAUAGUUGUGGUUGGUUGUUUUUAGCACUGGGAAAAGCCAGAGGAGCUCAAUUUCUUUCUUUUUUUCUUUUUUUUUUUUAUCACAGAUUAUCUGUCUCAUACUGCCAGGGCAUAGUGACAAUUGUAA